GGUGUUUUUGCUCUUUUCUUUCUCUAAUGCGAGACAACUCACUUGAGUUCUCAAUUAGAAAAAAUGUUACUUAUAAUGCAUCAAACCUGGAGAAAAUAUUGACAAAAAGUGGAAAUAUAUACAUUUGAGAUAGCAAAGAAUAGUUGGGUACUUGGGUAGAGGACAUUAAUAACUCCUCUUUCUUACAACUUCCACUAACAAACUAUAAAGUUACCCAAAUUACAAUAUUGAAUUCAACACUUAACUAACAAACUUUCAAUUUCCCACCUUUUCCCGCCCUCAAUAUCCGCCAUGACAACCAUGGCAAACACCUUGUGGGUUUCUCUUCUUCCUCUUCAAAAUAAAAAACAAAAUACCCUCAAUCAUAUUAAUAUUCCUAACUUAUUCUCCAAACCCAUAUCAAUUACAAUUCCAAAAUCAUCAAAUUUCAUCUUAUCAACCCCUGUUAAAACCUCAGUUGUGCUGAAUAAAGCAAUGUCUACCGAAUUUGCCGAUUGCAAUCACAAAAUUCGACAUUUUUGCGAAUCAGGUAAGCUUUCAGAAGCUGUAGAUUUGCUCUGUAGUUCACCAGCAUCGGAAUUGGAAUUGGGUACUUAUUGUUUAGUUCUCCGACGUUGUGCUGAGCAAAAAUCAUUGCGUGAGGGUCGUCGAGUUCAUUCAGUCAUUUCGUCGAACAGUUGGAAAGCAGACAGUGAUUUGGGUGCAAAAUUAGUGUUUAUGUAUGUGAAUUGUGGAGAUUUAGUAGAGGGUAGGAAAAUCUUUGAUGAAAUUGCCAAUGAGAAGGUUUACUUGUGGAAUAUUUUGAUCAAGGAGUAUUCGAAAGCCGGCGAGUUUAAGGAAGGUGUAUAUUUGUAUAACAAGAUGAAGGAGUUUGGUGUUGAGCCUGAUUCAUAUACAUUUUCGAGUGUUUUUAAGUGUUUUUCUGGAUUAGGGUUUUUGGAGGAAGGUGAAAAGGCUCAUGGGUGUUUGUUGAAAUUGCAUUUAGGUGGUAAUACUGUGGUGGUGAACUCGCUCAUUAGUUUUUAUUUCAAGUUUGGGAGGGUUGAAAGUGCGCAGAAGCUGUUUGAUGAAUUGCUUGACCGAGAUGUUGUAACAUGGAAUUCUAUGAUUAGUGGGUAUGCGUCGAAUGGAUGUCAGUGGAAGGCAAUCGAGGUCUUCCCGCAAAUGAUUUGUACUGGUGCAUCGCCCAACUCAACGACGGUGAUUUGUGUUCUUGCAGCUUGUGCAGAUAUUGCUCUCCUCAGGUUUGGUAAAAUGCUUCAUGGUUAUGCAGUGAAAACUGGUUUUUAUCAGGAUCUGACUUUUAACAAUACAUUACUUGAUAUGUAUUCGAAAUGUGGCUAUUUAGAUUGUGCUAUUAGAGUUUUUGAAAAUAUGGAUGAUCGAAAUAUUGUGUCAUGGACUUCCAUGAUGGGUACAUAUGCACGAGAAGGUCAUUCUGAUGCUGCUGUGAAGUUGUUUCAUGAAAUGAAAAACAAGGGUAUUAGACCUGAUACAUUUGCUAUGACUACUGUGUUAAAUGCUUGUGCAUCGAGUGGAUUGUUGGGUGAUGGGAAGGAGGCACAUGAUUAUAUCAAAAAGCACAAUAUGCUGUCAGAUAUAUCAGUCUGUAAUGCUCUGAUGAACAUGUAUAUAAAAUGUGGAAGCAUGGAGGAUGCAGAAUUAGUAUUCAGUCAGUUGCCUGUGGUAGACACAAUAUCCUGGAAUACUAUGAUUGGUGGUUACUCAAAGAAUGGCCUUCCUAAUGAAGCUCUGAGUUUAUUUCUUCAAAUGCAACGUGAAUUGAAACCCGAUGGUAUAACCAUAUCUUGCAUAUUACCUGCUUUUGCAAGCCUGGCAGACUUGGAAAGGGGCAAACAAAUCCAUGCCUACGUGCUCAGAAACAGGCAAAUUUCUGAUCAGUAUGUUGCUAAUGCACUUGUUGACAUGUAUGUGAAGUGUGGGCAUCUAGCCUUUGCAAGAUUAGCAUUUGAUAUGAUUCUUAGCAAGGACUUGAUAUCAUGGACUAUAAUGAUUGCCGGAUAUUGUAUUCAUGGACUUGGUAGUGAAGCUAGUUUCACCUUUAAUGAGAUGAGAAGUGAAGGGAUUGAACCAGAUGAGAAUUGCUUCACAUCUAUAUUAUAUGCCUGUGUUCACUCAGCAUUGCUUGAUGAAGGAAAGAGAUUUUACCUCAUAAUGGCAAAGGAAUGUAAAAUUGAGCCCAAGCUGGAGCAUUACAUUUGCAUGGUUAAUCUCCUUGCUAAUGCUGGUAGGUUGACAGAAGCAUAUAAGUUCAUCGAAAGUAUGCCACUGAAGCCUGAAGCUGCUGUUUGGGGUGCUUUACUUCAAGGUUGCAGGGUACACAAUAAUGUCAAACUAGCAGAGAAGGUGGCUGAACAUAUCUUUGAGCUUGAACCAGAUAACGCUGCAUACUAUGUGCUUGAAAAUAUUUACGAAGAUGCCAAAAUGUGGGAGAAGGUUGAAUGGUUAAAGAACAGAAUUAGCCAUCUUGGACUGAAAAAGAAUAAGGUUUGCAGCUGGAUUGUAGUUAAGGAGAAGGUCCAAAUCUUUUUGGCAGGAAAUCCUGCUGCACACCCAGAGUUCAAAAAGAUUGACACAUUCUUAAAAAAACUAAGAACUAUGAUGAAGAAUAAAGAUUUCUCUGAAACAGCAAAAUACACAUUGAGUAAUGCAGAGGAAGUGAAGAAGGAAGUAUCUCUUUGUGGACACAGCGAGAUGUCAGCUGCGGCCUUUGGAGUGUUAAAUUUGGAACCAGGGAAGUCCAUACGUGUCACAAAGAACUCAAAAGUCUGCCACGAAUGCCAUGAAACAGCUAAGUUCAUGUCAAAAGCUUGUCGUAGAGAAAUUCUCUUAAGAGAUUCUCGGCGUUUCCACCAUUUCAAGGAUGCGCGUUGUUCUUGUAAGGGUUAAUGUCAAGGAGGCUAUAUUAGAAAAUUCUCAACAUACUAAAUAUGCCUACAGAUCUAUUUCUUCUACGAGCUGCUGGUCUAUGUAGAAUCUAGAGUACACGGGAUCAUUUUCUCUUACUUUUUUCUUACACAUCCCUGGAUUUUGGAGCUCUCAGCAUAAUACAUAAAUAUUAGAAUCAGCCUACAUUGAUCAGCAUUCAGGAGUCUUCAAUGAUACAACUGAAAACGUGAAACAGCUGCAAUUUGUCUGCACAUACUUGGCAAUAAUCUUCCGAGGAACUAUUUGGCAGAGAAGCCGUUACAUAAAAAGGUGUAAUUUGUCUCUCUGCAGCAAUAUUAUUGUUUAGAGGCUGAUAACUGAUAGCCUGGCCUUGCUGUCUGAGAUGUAGGAUCACAUGAAUCUCUUCUUGGUAAUUGAUUAGUCAUGUUGAUAACUCUGUUUUUUAGUGGAUAUAAUUCAUUUGAGUUGUUCAUUAGUUGACAAGUUUAAUACGGCCAAGUGGUUAUGGAUGCCGCAGCCCCGUCACAUGCCAGUUUUUUACGGAGUAUUUUAUUGCUUCUUUUACGACCUUUUGAUAAUUACUC